AUGUGUCUUAUUAUUUUUGUUAUAAUGCAUAAUACAAAGUGAUAAACAACGUGGAAAUUGAGCAAUAAAGCAAUGAGCAUCUACCACGAUGAGGUUGAGAUUGAGGAUUUCGAAUAUGACGAGGAGGAGGAGAUGUAUUACUAUCCAUGUCCCUGCGGCGAUCGAUUUCAAAUUUCGAAAGAGGAGUUGAUUGAGGGGGAAGAGGUGGCCACUUGUCCGAGCUGUUCAUUAAUUGUUAAAGUCAUCUACGAUCCGGACAUGUUUAAUGCCGAGGACGAUGAGUCAGCGGUGCUGAACGAAAAGCUUAGCGACUUGAAGCUGGAGAAGAAUUAGAAUUGAGUUCGCAUCUUGAUUUACGUGUAAUUAAAUAAGUUUUUAUUUGUAUAUUUCCCUUUGAUUGUAAAUAAUACGUUGACUAGUAAACAAUUAGUUUAAACUAUACAUUAGCGAAAAA